AUGAAAAUUUUAAAAAUUAUAUUAUUAUUUACAGUAAUAAAUUAUUGUAUUUUUAAAAAUGUUGUAAAUGGAUUAGAAUAUAUUCAAGCAAUGUAUGAUAAUAAAGAUUGUAAAAAUACACCAAUUUCAAUUCAAUCAUCAUCACAAUGUGCAAAAGGAAUUUAUGUUGUACCACAAUCAAGUAAAAGAGUAACAAUUUCAUAUGGUAUUAAAUCACCAAGUGAUUGUAGUUCAAAAACUCCAUCAGCAUAUGAUCAAGAUGUAAAUUAUUGUUUAACAGGUUCAUUGGCUCAAAUGUUUUUAAAUGAAAAUGCAAAUGUUUCAGGAAUUAAUGGAUACUGUUCAGAAUUGGUUCAAUUUGCCGAUGAUGAUUGUGAAAACAUUUUAUUAAAUUCUUAUUUAAAUGGUGCAUGUGUUGGUCCACAAUCAAACGGUUAUUUCAAUCGUUAUCUUUGUAAUGGAAAUGUUGUAAAACGUUAUAAUUGCCCAUCUGAUUGCCGUAAAGCUUCUGGGGUCAGUGGUUGUGUAUUUGAUAAAGAAUUAAAAAGUAUUUCAUCCUGUCCAAAUAUUAAAUCAAAAAAUAUUCAAGAUUUAAUUAAAAUUGAUGGUAAAGUUGAUACUUCAAGUACAUCUUCUUCUUCUGGUGCUACUGGUGGUGGUGGUACUGGAAAUAAUGGUACCUCAGCAACUGGUGGUAGUGGAGCAACUGGAGCCGCUUCUGGAAAUGGUGGAGCUACAUCAAAUGCAGGAAAUAGUGGAGGUGCCUCAACUACUGGCAAAAGCAAUGCCCAAAAAAUAUACGUAUCUUUCUUCCUUUUAAUUAGUUUAUCAUUAUUAAUUUUAAUAUUAUUUUAA